GCCUGUGGUGCGCCUGGUGGUGCGUCUCUGCGCUCGUGUCCGCUUCUAUCCCUUAUUCCACUGGGGAAGAGGGCGAGGGAGGGAGAGAGAGAACGUUGGACCAGAGAGAAUAGUAAACAAAUAAAAAAAAAAGAAGAAAAAGCAUCAGAGAAGGGGAAACGGCGCAGUGACACAAAUGGCACUCAUGGCGGGGAUUUUGUUCACGGUUGCCUUUAUUGUUUCUGGGAUUUCUACACUUGUUUCUCCGUCUCGGACAUACCCGCCUAACGAAGUCACGUUAUUGGACUCCAGAGCUGCACAAGGGGAGCUAGGAUGGGCCGCCAACCCAACAGAAGGAGGGUGGGAGGAAGUUAGCAUCAUGGAUGAGAAGAACAUUCCCAUUCGGACGUACCAGGUGUGCAAUGUCAUGGAGCCAAACCAGAACAACUGGCUCCGCACAGACUGGAUUCCUCGCGGAGGUGCCCAGCGCGUCUAUAUUGAGAUCAAGUUCACCCUCCGAGACUGCAACAGCCUUCCCGGCCUGAUGGGAACUUGCAAGGAAACCUUCAAUCUUUACUACUAUGAGUCCAACAAUGACAAAGAGCGCUACAUUCGUGAAAACCAAUUUGGUAAAAUCGACACUAUAGCCGCUGAUGAGAGCUUCACUCAGGUGGACAUCGGCGACCGCAUCAUGAAGCUAAAUACAGAAGUGCGUGAUGUGGGUGCCCUGACGAGGAAGGGCUUCUAUUUGGCCUUCCAGGAUGUCGGAGCAUGCAUUGCGCUUGUGUCAGUCAGGGUCUUCUAUAAGAAAUGUCCUUUGGCCGUGCGUAAUUUGGCCCAGUUUCCCGAUACCAUCACUGGAGCAGAUACCUCCUCGCUUGUGGAAGUUCGUGGAUCCUGCGUGGAUAAUUCAGAGGAGAAGGAGAUUCCAAAAAUGUACUGCGGAGCUGAUGGAGAGUGGUUGGUGCCCAUUGGAAACUGCCUGUGCAACCCAGGCUACGAGGAGCGAAAUGCAGACUGCCAAGCCUGUAAGAUUGGUUACUACCGUGCCCUGGCGACCGAUGGUGUCUGUUCCAAGUGUCCGCUCCAUAGCUACUCUGUCAGAGAGGGCUCCACAUCUUGCGUCUGCGACAAGGGAUACUUCCGCUCUGAAACCGACCCAGCCUCAAUGCCCUGCACCCGGCCUCCGACAGCACCGCUCCACCUCAUUUCCAAUGUGAACGAGACUUCUGUCAACCUGGAGUGGAGCGCGCCAAGGAACUCAGGAGGACGACAGGAUCUGACCUACAACAUAGUUUGUAAACGCUGCGGGCCCGAUGGGCGACGCUGUCAACCCUGCGGCAACGCCAUCCACUUUAGCCCCCAGCAGCUGAGUCUGAAGGGAACCAGGGUGUCCAUCAACGAACUGCAGGCCCACACUAACUACACCUUCGAGGUGUGGGCGGUAAAUGGCGUCUCGCCACAAAGCCCCGGGCCGGAACAGGCAGUGUCUGUGACCGUCACCACCAACCAGGCCGCUCCCUCCCCGGUAACAUCUGUCCAAGCCAAGAACAUCACAAGACACACCAUCUCGCUGGUGUGGCAACCUCCGCAACGAGCCAAUGGGGUGAUCCUCGAGUACGAGGUCAAGUACUACGAAAAGGACCAAAAUGAAAAAAGCUACAGGAUCAUAAAAACCUCAUCCAGAAACGCAGACAUCAAGGGUCUCACUCCCCUCACUUCUUAUGUAUUCCAUGUGCGUGCACGCACAGCGGCCGGCUAUGGUGAAUGCAGCGGCCCCUUUGAGUUUAUGACAAACUCGGUGCCAGCCCCUAUAAUCGGUGAUGGGACAAACUCUACAGUGUUGCUGGUGUCUGUGGUCGGCAGCGUGGUGCUCCUCCUUCUCCUCAUCAGCGCUUUUGUCAUCAGCCGAAGAAGGAGUAAGUACAGCAAAGCCAAGCAGGAAUCUGAUGAAGAAAAGCAUUUACAUCAAGGAGUGAGAACAUAUGUUGAUCCAUUUACCUAUGAGGACCCAAACCAAGCUGUACGUGAGUUUGCCAAAGAGAUUGAUGCCUCCUGUAUCAAGAUUGAGAAAGUCAUUGGUGUCGGGGAGUUUGGUGAGGUCUGCAGUGGCCGUUUGAAAAUGCCCGGCAAGAGAGAGAUCUGUGUGGCCAUAAAGACGCUGAAGGCUGGAUACACCGACCAGCAGAGGAGGGACUUCUUGGCUGAGGCCAGCAUUAUGGGCCAAUUUGACCAUCCCAACAUCAUCCACCUCGAGGGUGUCGUCACAAAAUGUAAGCCAGUGAUGAUUAUCACCGAGUACAUGGAAAACAGAUCGCUGGAUGCAUUCCUUAGGAAGAAUGACGGCCACUUCACUGUGAUCCAGCUAGUAGGCAUCCUACGUGGUAUCGCAUCAGGCAUGAAGUACCUGUCUGACAUGAGCUACGUCCAUCGUGAUCUAGCGGCUCGAAACAUCCUGGUCAACUGCAACUUGGUUUGCAAGGUGUCUGACUUUGGCAUGUCUCGUGUGCUGGAGGACGACCCUGAGGCUGCAUACACCACCAGGGGAGGGAAGAUCCCAAUCCGCUGGACAGCCCCUGAGGCUAUUGCUUACAGGAAGUUUACUUCAUCCAGUGAUGUGUGGAGCUACGGCAUCGUCAUGUGGGAGGUGAUGUCAUAUGGUGAGAGGCCAUAUUGGGACAUGAGCAACCAAGAUGUGAUCAAAGCCAUUGAUGAGGGUUAUCGGCUGCCCCCACCAAUGGACUGUCCCGUAGCGCUCCACCAGCUCAUGCUGGAUUGCUGGCAGAGAGAGAGGGCAGAGCGACCAAAGUUUGGCCAGAUUGUCAACAUGUUGGAUAAGCUGAUUCGCAACCCCAACACUUUGAAGAGGACUGGUGGAGACGGUGUUGUCAGGCCUACCACCACUCUGCUGGAGCCCGGGAGCCCCGAGGGGUCCUCAGCUGUGGGCACAGUAGAAGACUGGCUUCAGGCCAUUGGCAUGGAGAGAUACAUCGACAACUUUACAGCCGCCACCUACACAACUCCAGAAGCGGUGAUCCACAUGACACAAGAGGACCUGACCCGUAUUGGAAUCUCCUCAGCAGCACACCAGAGCAAGAUCCUGACAAGUGUCCAAGGAAUGCUCUCUCAGAUGCAACAGAUGCAAGACAGAAUGGUUCCUGUCUGAGAGAUUCAAAACUAAGAAAAGGACUUCAUUUCCUAUAAAAACAAACAAACAAAAAAGAAAAAAAAAGAAGAAAAAAACACUACCUUUGAAGAGACAAACUAUGAAGAAAUAGUUUACCUCAUCUGUGCACUUUAAAUUUGGUCUGAAAGAAAAAAUGAAACAAAAAGUGGGGACAAUAGCACUUUUUCAAAAAUUCAGACCUUUACUCUGCCCUUUUUUUGUUUGUUUCUGAGAAAAGACAUUUGCGGAUAGAUGGAAGCUGGAAGUGCUUCUGAUAGGCCAAUCUGGAGUGCCUUUAUUGCAUGGAAAGGAAAAGGAAGACAAAUGGGAAACCGCUUGUCCUUCUGAUUGGCAAAGUGUUAUUUUUGGAACUUUCUUAGUGGAUUGAUACACAGAGCAGAUCUUCUUCCUUCUUGUGACCGUGUUUAUCGUACAUGCAUUGUCUCAGUGGGACUCGCGGGCUGCCCCAGUUGCCAUUGUUCUGACUCAGCUGGAUCUGUUUGAUAGCUCACACACAACAUUUAGGAUCUCGGCUCUCAGACAAAUCCAAUGUUGGCUUUGUCAGGAAGAUGGUGAUGCGGGGGUGUUCAUUUUGCGGCCAUGCAUGUUUGCUCCCUCAUGGCUUGUUUUUUUUGGUAGCAGUUUUCUGUUGUUGUUGCCCUCAGGACAUUGCCGAGAAUGUUUUUGAUCUUCCGGAGCAAAUGGCCUGUCUUCCCAAAAUGUCCUAUCUCCCCUCUGACAAACAAACUGCGCGGAUCGUCCCCAUGCAUCCCGCACAAUCAGAGCCCUGGUGGCCUCCACAUCUUGCUACAGGACUUCCUCAGUGGACAAUUGUUUUGCUGGAUUUAAUAGGGUUUAUUCCUGCAGCAAGACAAAGGACCAUAUGGCAGGAUUUAAUCAAAAGGAUGUAUGCAACAACCGCAAUAUGGAUACGGAGUGAAUCACAAUCAUCAAACUCCACUGAGGAUUACUCAAGCUGUUAUCAAGCUGCUGUCGUCCAUCCUCAGGAUCCUGCCUCCACUCGCCACCCCCAGAAUUCCUUUCCUUCCUCAUCGUCUUCCUCCUCUUCCGACAACCUCCUCUUCUUACUGCAGCCUCUCCUGACACUGAGACGAUGUUCUUUCUUCCCACCAUCCAGCUCCACUGGAGUCAUUUGAAUGAUCAAGAGCAUCGGAAAAGACUAUAUGAAGAAUGUAAUAUAAUCUAGAAAGCCCUGCUCCAAUGGAUGCAGGGCUGUUUGUUUUGUUUUUGUUGUUGUUUCAGGAUUUCUUAUUGGUUUCUUCUUUGCUUGCAUGUAAAAUAAGAUUGAUUUGGGUGUGUGAACGAAUGCUCAAGUGUGAAUGCUGUGUUGUAUGGUUUGCGUACCUGAAAAACACUAACCUUGUCCAUUCACAGGCCACUGUGAAGCCUGUGAAAAGCCAACAUACACUUGUUUGCUAAAGAAAACAUGUUGUACAAUAUGUUGCUCUUGUCUUCGUGAGCUGGACUCUAUACGUUUCCUGGAAAGCAACCUAAUUGUGCUUUGGCCGUGAUUCACGGAUUACAUUUGGAUACAGGAUCACUGACAAGUGUGACUAAAAGCCUCGGAGUAAAAGUUGGACUUGUCAAGCUUGUGAUGAUAAAAUAGUCCCUGGAUAUGAGAAAAGGGUGCCCCAUGCAGUGCACAACAAUGAGUUAUAGGACAAGGUGUCAAAGAAGGAAAGACUGAUAGUUUUCAUUUUUAUUCCAAAACAUGUCAUACAUAUAUCGAUAUAACCCAGAGGACUUCAUUUGCUCUGUUCCUUGAUCUCUUGAAACUAUACUUAUGUGAAUGUUUUCAACUUAUAUAAGUGACACUUCACAAAAACACCACCGUCCUUAAUACAGUGCUAUGGCUCUUUCCUCUUGGUAAUGUGUAACUUUUGAGGUUUAGUGAUCAAAAAAAAGGGACCUGUUUGGAAAUAUGCAAGACAUGUUGGGAAGGAAACUAGAAUGUACUGUAAAAUAUUUUUUUUUCUCGACUUCAAUGUCUGAUGAUUUGAAGAAAAAAAAAAAAAAAUGAACAAAAAUAACGAACCACAGUAAUUGUAUAUCUACCAAUGCCAUAAGAUCUAGUCAUGUAGAUCUAACAUUGAUGUUCUUUUUUUUCCUCUUUUUUGACAUGAUCAUAUGUUUUGUUUGUUAUGUUUGUCAAGGAGAUAUAGGUACAUGUAAGUUAUGACAUUUAUUUAUGUCCUUUUAUAUCUAGUUUGUAAAAUAAUAGCCUCAAGUGAAGAAAAUAAAGCGGUGCCAAAGGGCACUUAAUACAGUAGAAACCA